UUUGAAUCAUUGCUGUGAAGCAAGACAAGAGGAACAUAGUGUGGAAAGUAACAUUUGCAAAAUUCUGUUUCUUUCUGACAGAGAAGGUAACAAUAGCCGAAAACAUGGAAAAAAGAUUUCCCAAUCUAGGUGAUUGGAUCAUUAAAGGAAAUUCUUACAAUGCAACUAUCAAAAAUAUCAAUGAAUUAUAUCUAACCAGCUAUCCCAGUAGCUCUGACGUACCUGUAUGUUUUGCAAGCACAGCCAUGAAAGAACCAGGUUAUUGCGACUAUACAGUUACAGAGUACAUGAACACUGAAGGCUCAUCUUUGUCUAUUGCCAUCACUUUCAGUAAAAAUGAGGAGGAAACCUAUAGACUGUGUUCUGAAGGGAAUGGGAAUGUUGGAUUAAUGAAAGGAAAGCUGCCUGAGACAAUUGAGGGUACAGAGUGUUCCUUUUUAUUUUUCAAAAAUGAUUUUGCUGUUGGGGAUGAUUCAUACUCGUUUCAAUGUGCGGAUGGUCAUGGAAAAUACUUAUCCUACGAUAAGCACAAUCAAGCUAUCUUGAAGGAUGCACCUGAUGUCAAAACUGAUGAAACCUGUAAGAUGACUGUUACACUCAUAAUUACAGGGGAGUUCACUUAGGAAGUUAAUUACUAGUAUGUUAUAGACUUGCCUAUUCUAAGCAAAUUUUCAGUUGGUCUUUAUUUUUUAAUUUAUAUAAUUCAAGCUCUGAAGUGGGGGUCCGAGGCAGCCAAAGCACUAUUGCCCUGUAAAGAUACAAAUGUAUUGUUAUUGUUACUUUUUAUUACUUAUCUUUCUAGUCAGUCUCUCUGCUGUAUAUAUUUGAGUCUCUCAUUCAAGCCACUGCCUGGUUGCUACAAUAAAUUGGACCCUAGCAACCAGAUAGCUGUUGAAACUCCAGACUGAAGUGCUGAUUAACAAAAAACUAAAUAAUUAAAAAUAAAUAAAUAAAAAGGACCAACUGCAAAUUGUUUGAGAAUAUCACUGUCUACAUCAUACUAUGAACUACCCCUUUAAGCCAGUGAGCAAAAUAUAUUAUACUGUCUCAUAAAUUAUUUUUCCAUAGUUGUCAAAAAAUGUAACAUUUAAAUAAUAUUGGCAGAUUGUAAUUAACAUUAUCUAACAUGUAUGAUGUAAAACAAUUGUUCCAUUACCCACAGUGCCUGAAAGCACCAAGGUUCUACGUUCAAUUCCAGCCAGAGAACUAUCUGCACUGUAAGCUCCACAGGAGCAGACACUGAUGUGAAUGUAUAAUAUCUGUAAGACACUGCAGAAUUUGUCUAUAUAAAUAAAGGAUAAUACUCAUAAAUAAUAA